AUUGCUUCUGUCAGCUCUGCAGCUCAACAGUCUCUUGUCUUCUCUGUACUCUGGAUCCAGCCUGUGGCCACGAUGAAAACUUAUUGCUGUUUGAUGGUGAUAUUAUGUUUCCUCUUCUCCCAGAUGAACGUGGGGUCUGGCCUUCUCACAGUUCUUGGACACAGAACAGAUCAUUACAAAUGCAUCAAGAAUAAAGGAUUCUGUCUCUAUUCCAACUGCCCCAUGUACUCCAAACAUGAAGGCACCUGCUAUAAGGGGAGAGCCAACUGCUGUAUGGCACAACCCUGAAUGGCAUCAAGAACAAGGAAGCCAUGCGAAAGAUGCACAGCCAUUGUUUUAAUAAAGGGAAGGUUUUCUGAAGACAUACUUCUUCAGAUCAAAAUGA